AUGAAUAAGAUAAAAUUUGAACCUUCAUCCGUCAAUUUAGGUGAUCCCUUACCGUUACCUUAUAAAAUUAUAACCAACCCUAAAUUAAACAAGAAUCAAAAUGAUAAUAUUAAUAAUGACAUAACUAAGAUUGAAUCAGAUAACGAAAAGAUACGACGGAUUUACUCGGCACAUAAGAGAAAUGAAUUCAAUAUCCCCGAGUUAGAGGUUGAACCACCAUCACAAUCACAACCAAAAAUCAAUUCUCAACCUAGUUCAAGUUCAAAUAUUGAAGGAUUAGAUGAUGAAGAUGAUACUACAGCUGUGGAAAAUAAACGUAUAAAUACUCAUAUUUUAAAAACGAGGAAUUUCAAAAGUUAUCCUGCCAAUGAUAAGAUUCUUAAUUUUGGUAAUAAUCGAAAUAUUUUCCAACAACAACAACAGCCAAUUCAGAGAGUCAACACUUUGAUCCAUCAAUUAAACGAAUUGAUUAAAUACAGCAAUGACAAACACCACUUGAAUAAUAUCAAGUUAGAAAUCAACAAAUUGAUUAAAUUAAUCGAUGAACAAGAACAAAUCAGCGAGGAUCAAUUAAUACUUGAACAAGAGAGGAUGAUUGAUGAACAAGAAACGAAUAUAUUUGAAGAAUUGGACAAAUUACAACAACAACAACAACAGCAGCAACUACAACAGACUUCACGGACUGUUAAGACCCCUCAAACUCAAUCAACAGUGAUCAUAAUUCUUAGUGUACUUGUCCUAAUCUUGGUAUUCUUGUUAGGUUCUUACCUAUUAGCCGAUUUAAAUCCUGAGUAUUGUUACUUAUUUUGUUAA